CCCCUCCAGAACAUUGCCAAUUCAACUUUCUGAAUGCUGAUAUGUUUUUAUAGAAGCAUAAACCUAGCAGAGACAAGCAGGGAUCAGUAGGAGCCAGAGUACAAGGCUGCCCAACAGUUGCCCUGCCUUCCUUUUAUAUCUUUAAAUAGAAGGUCCUAGGUUAGUACCCUAAUUUUUUUAAUAUUAUUUUCUGGUUCCUUUAGGAUGUACUAUCUGCAGAUCCUGAGUUCUUGCAUCACUGCCAUCUUUCUGGGAAUCUACCUCCAACUACAGACCACUGAAGCAAAAAUACAAAAGCUGCUUGAUGUUAACGUGAUCCCAAUGGAGCCUGCAAAACCAGGGGGAAAAGUCGAAUUGGCAUGUCAUGUUCAAUCAUAUUGGACAGAUUGUGCUCCGGUCAAAAUCUACACCCUGAGCAACCCAUCCAUUGACUUCCCCUUCAAAAAUUUGACUUAUUCUUUUUGUGCAUGUCCUGGGGAAACUAAGACCUUCUACUGGAUCAUCCAAAGCAGCAGGACUGUGAAUGUAGGAUGUAGAGCUGCUUUCCAUCUGGAUGAUGUUUGCCCUGAGGACCAGAAUUCAAUUCCUCCCCAGAAAAAAAGAAGAUAUGGGGUUAAUAUGAAGACCUUGAAAAUAAUCAACUGAGCUUUAAACCCUAGGCUCUCCCCUUCCCCCCCCCCCCCCCGCCCCCAUUUAGUCAACCUAUUAGGCUAACUGAACAUCUGAGACUAGUUUCAAAUGUAAAAUAAAUAUGCUACAUUUUUCUGCCUGCGUAUGUCCCAUUUUUAAU